AUGCAAUACCCAGAUGAUUAUGAUUGGCAGCCGCCAUCCGAGGCUGACCUGAAGGUGAUUGAGGCACGUCGGGAGCGGAAUGACCAGAUCAGCAAGCGGAUGGGAGACUACCUACUGAAGGGGUGGAAGAUGCUGGGUACUAACUGUGAGGAGUGUGGGUGUAUUCUGCUGAGGGACAAGCAGGGAGCUGACUACUGUGUGGCCUGUAAUGAACUUGAAUCUGAUCAUGACAAGGAUAAUCCAGCAAUUUCAUAG